UUAAUUUUUUAAGUUUUAUGAUGGAAAAGGGAAGAAAGAAGAAGUACCAACCUAAAAAAGAUAAAAAGAUGCCAAAUCAGAGAUUUCAAGGAUUUCUGCAGGAUUCAAACGAGGAAGAAGAGGUUGAUACUUCUGAUAAAACCUCUAGUGUAAGUGACUUCAGUCUCGGUGAUGAGAAAUGGUCUAAUAAGAAGAUCAAUAGUAUUUUUAAGCGGCUUGAGAAAGAGAAGAAUCAGCGAAAAAUCACCCAGAUUAUUGAGAAAGCUUUACAUAAGAUUGUCUAUGAGAUUCCUGACAAGCCUGAGCUGGUUGUGAAGUUCUCGACUAAGGCUCUGCCUAUGAUAAACCUUGAGAAAACUGUACUUGAUACUAUCAAACGUCUCAGGAUUUUUGAUGAAAUCGAUCAUAGUUGUAAAGAUUUACUGGAUAUCUUAUUAACCAAGCUAAAGGGUCUGUACAGAGAGAAGAAAAAUCCAAAUGGGAUUUCUCCAAAGAAGGCAAAGAUUAUCAAUGAGCGUGAGGACUGCAUCCUGUCGUUCCUUAGCUACUUUGUCUUUAAGAACAUGCAGCUCACCUCUGAAGAUUACGUGAAGAUUUAUCAGCUAUUUGACUUAAACUAUAUUCAGUAUUACAAAGGCAUGAAAGGAGGCUAUCAUAAGUUCAAAUUAUUAAGACAAGUGUUCCUCUGCACCUAUAAUAUUAUCAAGAAGGCACCAGAGGCUUUGAAAGACUACAAUGUUGACCUUGCUACUUACUGUAUUGAUAGACUUGAGGAGAGCCUGAAGAAGCCAUCUAUUGGAAACAAGAGCUUCCUGAAGUAUACAGAGGCCAUUUUCAGGCUUCUCUCUGUAAUUUUAGAAGGGUUUAAGGGAAGAGCAGGGUACCUUAGUGACAUCUCUUUGAGAGGAUUUGUGUACUUCAUUAAGUACCUGUUCAUAGGUACUAUUUUCCAGGAUAAGAUAUUGAAGACUCUCAUGAUCCAGCACUCAGAUGUAGGCUCUCUCCCAAAAUCUAUUCUUGGGAGUAACUCUCAAGAGGAAAACAAGGGUGAGGAGAUGGGUGGAUAUUCAGAUUCAGACUCUAAUGUAGGAUCUACCUAUACAGAUUCUUUAAGCCAGGACAUUCUUAUGAAGGCAAAAACAUCAGCUUGAUCAUGCCUAUACCACAUCUUUAGAUUUGGGCAAAAGGAUCUUUUUAAUUAUCGCUACUGUAUGUUCCCUUCUUUUGUUGUUAGCUUGAGCAAGGAUUUUAUAAAGUUUCACCAGGAAAUGGAUACUGAUGACAAAUGGGAAGAAUUUGGAAAAUUAGUUGAUGAACGAAUUUACAAUGAACCUUCAUUGUUGUACUUGUACCUUACAGAAACUGAUUUGUCUUUUAAGCAGAGCUUGCUUGGAGCUUUAUGCUCCUUCUUAUUGCAUUCACCAAUUGAGAAAUGGCAAGGACCACUGGAAAAGGAUGGUCUAACUGAUCAAUAUCAUGGCUUUAAAUACUUAGAACUUGAGGAUGCUAAGAAGGGGAUUGGCUCUGCAGGCUUCAUUCCGUUAUCCCAGUUAAUAGCACAUUUCAUAAGAUAUCUUCAUUAUACUUUAGUUUUCUUGAUCAAGAAGGAAUGCUCUGGUAUGCUUUUGAAGCUAUUUUCAACACUUGUAUCAGUGACACCUUGGCAGAAAAUGAACCAGGAUUUGAUCAGAAACUGUAUGAUUCCUCAUAUCACCCAAAUGAUGUCAUGCCUACUUACUGAGGAAGAGACUGAGAUGGAUGUUUCGAUCCAGAAAAAUUUGUUACUCUGUUUCGCUAGCUCUGCUAGCCUUCUUUGACCCUUAAUCUUUGAUAAACCAGAGGAAAGAUCAGAACUUGAAGGUGUGUUAGUGUUUCAAGACCAAGACACAAACUUCGUAAAAUGGCUGAUCUCAGAUUUACAUGAGAACACAGUGAAAAGGUCUCAUGAAGCCUUGGAGGUUCUCACAACUAUUGCUAAGAGCUAUCCCUCGUUUUUCAUCGAGAACUGGGAUUCUUUUAAGGAAUACAUCAACAUCGAAUUUUCAGUCAAUGAAGUCAAGAAAACUGUGGGAAUACUUAAGCUACUAGAGACUUGGAUUUCAAGCUUGAAUUCUGAAAUUUAUAAGCUUAAAAAUUCCAAUGCUGACUCUGAGGAAGAAAACAAAGAGGAAAUAAAGCUCGAUUCUGAAGCCGAGGCCCGCAUCCACCAGCUUAAUUUCCUUAAUUUAGAAGGCUGUAGUAAGACCUUGAACAAAUAUUUGAAUUUUUAUGUCAAAAGUGGGUGAUUAGAGAGAAAAGUAGUGGCUUUAAAUAUACUUUGUCUACUUUCGAAUGAGCAAUGGGUUGGUAUCUUCCCAGCGAAGGAUCAGGAAAAGAUAAUAGACACUAUCCUCAGCAGUAAAUUGUCCAAAAUAGAAUGCACUAAGUUCAUUGGAAGUUGCUUUAGGAUUGAAACUUUCUAUUCAAACCCAGAGAUGGUUUCUAAAAUGAUUGAAAAGUUAGCCAAUUUCAAAGUUGAAAAAUCAGGAAUCCUUGCUCUGAGAAAUGGCUGGUCUUUGGGAAACCUUUGUGAGAACAUUAACCCAGGAGUUAUGUCACCAGAGACAAAGAAGAUUUUAUUAGAACUUCUGGUACAAUACUCAGACAAGAAGUAUAAGGAUAAAGUUAUUGCACAUGCUGUCAGAGGAAUUGGAUAUGUCUUUGCAAAUUGUGAUGAUUUCUCGGUGAUUUCUGAAAAUACUGUGCUUGACUGGAAAAACCUCUUCAGCAUCAUUAUCACUAACAUUGAGAACAAAAGCCCAAAGGUUUCCUGGAACUCUUGUGUGGUGCUAAGGGAAAUUAUGAAUAAUGCCUAUAUCAGGGAGCAGACGUUUGAGCUCUUAUUUUCACAGGAAACUAUAAAGUCUUUGUGAAUUAUAAUCAAAGAAAAUGCUAAUUUCAAAACAAGAAUACAUGCAGUUCAGACUCUUAACAAGCUCAGAGAUUAUAGUGAAUAUGGUGAAGCGAGCCAUGAAGUCUGGGAUGCAUUCUUGUGUGGGCUUCAAAACGUUACAGAGACCACAGAUUUUACAGAUGUUAACUACAUCUCUUCACUUGAAUACCAUCUGUUUAGUCUCUUUGCCAACUUAGUGACCAAGAUCCAAGAUAACUCAGGUGUUUAUGAUAGAUUUGUUAAAUUCUUGAAUCACAGGAGCAGGGACAUCGAAAGUUCUAUACUAAAUUACUUACGAAAACAGUACAAAGUGACAGCAUUUUCUGCUGUAUAUGAGGAAGAGAUUGAUUCCAAGAUCUUGCUAGACCAGGGUCAAUUAAAAACAAUCAAAAAGCUUCAGAUAGCAUUAGAAACAAUCACCAAGAUGAUAGAUGAGAAAGAUGAGAUUCAGGUGCCGUUCUCUGCUUAUGAGGCAUUCAGCUCGAUUGCGCAUACUGAUAUCAGUGAGUUUGCAAGCCUUGAUAUCCUCAAGGUGAAGAAAACAGCUUUUGAUAAAGACCAAUUUUAA